AUGCACAGUGCAUAUCUUAAUGCUGCUCAUAUUGAUGAGGAUCAGUCCAUUGUAAUGGGCAGUGGUUCAAAAAGCAACAGCACUGGUCGUAAAAAAGGUGAUAAGAAAGAGCGACCAUCAGAUAAGAUGGCUGUCAAACGUACGGAGCCUGCCAAUAGUAAUGAAGUAGAACAUUUGGCAAAAACUGAUGAUACUGAUAAGCAGACUCCAAGCGUCGUCGCUAGUAAGCAUGCGAUCACGCCUGAGCCCAAAUAUGGGUCAGUCAAAGUUGCACAGCCUACUGAAAGGAAAAUAGUGAGAACUGCAUCGCCAGUGGUUAAAGUACAGCAGUCAGCAGGUGGCGCUAAAGCUUUCGCUUAUCGUACCACAAAAACAACAAGAGCGCAAGAAGAAGGAAUUGAGGAAGAUGAGCAGUACUUGAGCGCAGAGGAAGGCAGAAAUGUCGAUUUCUCCGAUAAUUCUACAGCAAAGGUGCGACAGUACAGGGCACAUGAACAGUCGAGACCUUCCGGUUCAAAAGAUUUAGUAAGAGAUGGAGCAAGUUAUCGUUUUGACAAUGGAAAUGAUAAAGUGCCUCCAGUUACAAGUGAGGAGACUGGAUUUAUUCAAGUUACUGCCAAGAGUAAACGAAGAGGUGGUGGUAAUGGAGUAGUUAGUACUGGUGCAGGUGUUGGUUUUGCUCAUCAUCAGCAAGGUGUAAAUGUAACAGGAAUAGAUAGACGAUCUACCUACACUACUAGUACCGCAGAACGAGGAGGUAAAAAUCAUGGUAGGCGUGAAAAUGGAGAUAGGAUGCGGCGAAGCUCCGUACAGUUUCCGUCAGAAAAACAGAAAAAUCUGCCAUUAUCACGUGGAAUUCGUUCUCCUUCACCAGUUGAUCAUAAGAGCAGCAAUAUGGACGGUAAAAAUCAAGGAGGACAGUGGUUAGUGCAGCAGACGCAGGUUAAAGCUACAGCGACAUUAGGCGGUGGUAGAAAAGGAAAAUAUGGGGGGGCAUCUCAUCAAGCCAGUCGUACAACAUCUCCAGAUCGUCGAACUAGCCAAUUGCAGAAUCCGAAAUAUUCUACUGCCGCCAUUGCUACAGCAAGUGGUAGCAUUAUUGUUGCUGCAUCAUCACCCGAAGCUGCUUCAGACUCAGAACGAAAAAGGGACAGCGUCAAUGGUAAAAGUUCGUGGGCUGACAUUGCCAAAAAAAGAUUAGGUAAUGAAAAUGUAGAAUCGCGUCCUAAAGAUACAUUUGCACAUCAUUCCUUGAAUGUUCGUGUAACCUCAGCUGAUGGGCAUUCACUUGUCUGUGGUCAUACUGAAAAGGCCCAAGAAAUGGAACAAAAUGAGAAACAGCAAGUAGUGUCUAAUGCAGAUUCAUUUGCUGAAGUAGUAUCAUGCAGUGUUGAAGCAGAAGCGCAAAGAGAAGCUGAAGCUGUAGUGGAAGCAGAAUCGGGAGUAGAAGUUGAAGCAAAAGUAGACGCUGGAAAUAGUUCUGGAGCGAUUUUCAAAGUAUCCGGAAUAGUACUUAAAUUGGAUAGCGGGAAGCAAGUUGUUUUACCGGAAAACGAUCUUACAAAUAAGAGCUCGUCUAUCGUGAAUUGUAACGAACGGCCUGAGAUCGCUGUUAUGCAGAAGUUUUGGAAAUAUUUCGUUGAUACUUCAACUGGUGCACCAUUAAAUUACCGGGAAUAUAAACGAAGAAAGGAAGAAAGAAAGCAAGAAGAAGAGUCAGAAUCACAGUUGCGAUCAUCAACUGACCAACAGAAAGGUGUUCAAAAAGCAAAGGAAGGCAAUAAGCGGAAGGACACUAAGAAUAAGCAAUAG